GUCCUCCGCGGUUGCCGUGGCAACGGGAGCGGGGCCUGGAACGGGAAUGGGCCCGGAACGGGCCGGGACAGGGACAGGGGCUGGUGUGAACCAUCAGUGCAAAACACGGGAUGAAUUCUCCAAACAUGAAUUACCUUUCAGUCCCUUCCCCACACACUUACAUCAUGAAUAACAUCCAUGUCCCUCCCAAAAUCCUCGUGCCUCCCGUUUUCCAACCUGCCAGCUGGGAAAGGAAGAGGAGCUCUGCCUCCAGCCUGGAGGAUUCCCAGGAAUCCGACCCUGAGAGCCUGGAAAAGGAGAGGCAGCAGCAGCAGAGGAUCCUGGAAAAUCAAAAGAUGGUAGGGCAGGAUCUUGGGGACACCCUGGAGGAUGACAGCUUGGAAGAGGACAGCUUGGAGGAGAUGAGUUCUGAAGAGAAAGGAGCUGAGUGUGACACAAAUAACAAAGGAAAACCAAAGGUUUAUGGCAGUGGAAGGAAAAUACUGCCUGUGGACAAAUAUUCCAGCCUGAGGUACAAUCCUGAUUGGAAGAGUACCAAAAAGGGAGCAGCAUUUUUCAAGGCAGAGAAAUCAUCCCGAAAUUCUGGAGGAAGCAGUGGGGACCUUUCAGUGGAUUCAUUUUAUCUCCAUUCUGAUGACUUCUCAGAAAAUAAUCAACAAGAGGAAAAGACCCAGGAUUCACUCCCAGAGUUUGGUCCAGAAUUUAAUGGAGCAAAUGUGGCCAGCAAUGAACCACAAGCCAAAAGGAAGGAACCUGCAGAUGAAUUUCAUUCCAAAAACAAUCCUGGCCGUGCUUUUCCUCCUCAGAAGCAACAGGAUCCCCCCCAGAGAGCAAAAAAAAACUUUGUGAAAAAAAAUAAGCAGACUUUAGGGUUACAGAAGAUGAAUUCCUAUCUUGAGCUGCACAAUAGAAAGCAAGGUCUUCAAGGGCAGGUCACAGAUCCUACACCAGUUGAUGAAGAAUCACUCCAGAGUGCCCCAGCAUUCCAGACUGGGAAAAUGAAACCUGAAGACAAAUGGAACCCAAAAGGACAACAGCUCAAGGAGCAGCACAAGUUCUUCCAGAGACAGAAAACAGAAUCCAAGCAGACUUUCAGUAGAAGAGUUUUCCCAAGGAAUGCUGGCCAGGAACCCCCAGCAAGAGCAGCAGAAGCAAAGCCUUGGCACAGGAGUCCCCAGCAAACCCCAGGAUUUCAGGAAUAUCUGAACCCAAGCUCUUCUAAUGGCCCUGACCCAGAAAAAUCCCAAAGUGGCUUCAAUAAUUUCCCAAAUUCAGCCCUUACCACACCAACCUAUCAAUACCUCCCAGUAUUCCCAAAUUUGUUUCCAGCAGAGGUUUUAAAUCUAGAGGAUCCCAGUAAUGAGAACACAAAAUACCAGCAUGAGUCUCCAACUGGAAUUUCACAUCAACACUCAGCCAAUUCCAUCCCUGGGCAGAAUUUUUCCAGCAAUAACAGCAGCAGUGGCCAGGCACUUCCAGAAUUGGGGAACUUUUCAUCUGAUUUUAAUGCAAUUUUUCAAGAAAGGGUGAAGGAUCAAGCACCACUUCAAGAUUUCAGAAAUCAUAUUCAUGAGGAUAACAGUUCACCAACAGCUUCUUGUAGAACCUCCCAUAUUAAAGAAAAGAAGGAGCAUCAGCCAAGACUUUCUGAUUUUGGAGAGGAUUUUGCUGACAUGUGGUUCUGGGGUUUCCUGCCUCCUGCCCCACGCAGGGGUUCCCAGGGAGAUGCAGAAAGAGCUGAAGGAAACCCAAGGAAAAUGAAAAGAAGCAGCUCUGAAGGAUCUCUCCUGCAAAUGGAAAAGCAAAAGCAGCCCAAAGCCAGCAAGAAGGUGUGUGGCUCCAAAUUCUACAUCAAUGUGAAUAUGAAGCUUGGAGGCCUUGGACCUGACUAUGAAACAAUCAAAGAGAAGAAAGAAAAGCUAAAGCUGCAGAAGGAAUAUGCCAGGCAAAUUAAUGAAUAUAACAUGAAGAAUAUCACUGUGGUUCAGAGGCUGCCUGCAAGGCCCCAGGUGUCUUCAGUGUCCAGGCAGAAGGCUCUGGAAUAUGCCAAGAAGAUUCCAAGACCAAAGACUUUCAUCACCAGGCCCUCAGAGCAGGAGGUGAAAGAGGUUCUGCCCCAGGCUCAGACUGGAACCAGUUUACCCCAAAUCCCAUCCCUGGAGUCUCUGUGGAGCAGGCACGAGAGGGAGAAGGAAAUUGUGGCUGCUUUCAAAUCCCUCCAUAUCUUCUAAAUAUUUGGGAGAUUUCAGGGAUCCAGGCUAAAAUGCCUGAAUUGUUUUCUUUUCUGUGACCAUCACAUCUUGAUUUCCCAGUCCACUGUAAUUUAAACUGGUUUCAGUUCAACUGUUUUGAAAUGUUAGAAUUGGUUCUGCUUGUACCUAUUUUGGUUAAUAAAUUGACUGUUUGCA